UCCUAUUCUCUGCCCGCAAACCCCCAUCCCCGCCCCAGAUCUGCCCCGCCCGCCCGCGGGCACCGCCACCGGCGCGGCCCAAAACCCUCCCGCGGGGCGCCGCCGCGAUGCGCCGCCCGUGCUGCUCGCUCUGCACCACCUGCUACGACGAGGACGAGCACGCGCCGCUGCUGCUCCACUGCGGCCACGGCUUCUGCCGCGCCUGCCUCGCGCGCGUGCUCGCCACCUCCCCCGGCGCCGCCGCCAUCGCCUGCCCGCGCUGCCGCCACCACACCGCCGUCGGCAACUCCGUCUCCGCGCUCCGCAAGAACUACCCCAUCCUCUCCCUCCUCUCCUCCUCCCCCUCCUCACCCUCCUUCCGCCACUCCGACUCCGCCUCCUCCUCCUCCGCCUCCGACGACGACGACUUCUUCGCACGCCCCAAGCGCCGCCCCGCCGCCGCCACCGCCCCAAUCACCCCACCCGCCUGCACCUCCGUAGACCUCGCCUCGCACCCGGACCUCAAGCUCGCCCGCCGCAUCGGGAGCGGGCCUCCCGGGCCCGCGGGCCAGGAGGUGUUCGCCGCCACGCUCUCCCGCGGCGGCGGCCGCGCUGGCGGCGGCGCCAAGAGGUGCAAGCACCAGGUGGCCGUGAAGAGGGUGCCCCUGUCCGCCGCGGACGACCUCGAGGGCGUCAAGGACGAUGUGGAGCGCCUGAGGCGAGCCUCCACCUGGUGCCGGAACGUCUGCACCUUCCAUGGAGCAAUGAGGGUCGGCGCCCAUCUCUGCUUCGUCAUGGACCGCUACCCUGGCUCUGUGCAGGAGGAGAUGCGCCAGAACGGUGGGCGACUCACGCUAGAGCAGAUCCUCAGGUACGGAGCAGAUAUUGCUCGUGGAGUAGCAGAACUACAUGCAGCGGGUAUUGUUUGUAUGAGCAUAAAACCUUCCAAUAUUCUUUUAGAUGCGAAUGGCCAGGCAGUCGUUUCCGACUUUGGUCUUUCGGCUAUUCUGAAGAACCUCACUAGUCGGAAAGUACCUGAUGACUCUAACAUGGCUGGCAUGGAUGGUACUGUGCUUAGCCCCAAUUAUACAGCCCCAGAGGCAUGGGGAACAUUGAAGAAAUCUCUGAUUUCGUUUGGGGAUAGUGCAGAUGACAUCUAUAAGUCAGAUGCAUGGAGUUUUGGAUGUGCACUUGUGGAAAUGUGUACUGGUGCUGUUCCAUGGGCUGGGCUAAGUGCAGAGGACGUCUAUAAGUCUGUCGUAAAAGAAAAGAAGCCACCUCCACAAUAUUCAAGAGUAGUAGGUGUAGGACUUCCUGGGGAAUUGUGGAAGAUGAUUGGUGAUUGUUUCCAGAGCCGUCCCUCCAAAAGACCAUCUUUCCAGGAUAUGCUAAAAACUUUUCUUCGCCAUCUACUAGAUAUACCAAGGAGCCCACCUGCAAGUCCUGAGAAUGAUGUAAGAUUGCCCAAUGGCGUGGAACCACCACAAACCUCAAUUCUGGACCUUGCUCAUGAUAAUCCGAAUGCUUUACAUCAUCUUGUAUGUGAAGGUGAUGCUGCAGGUGUUAGGGAUCUACUUGCAGAGGCCGCUUCAAAGGGAAAUGCUAGUUUGAUUCGUUCCCUCUUGGAAACUCAAAAUACAGAUGGGCACACUGCAUUGCAUUUAGCAUGCCGCAGAGGCUCAGCAGAGCUUGUGGAAGCUAUUGUAGCUUAUCAAGAGAAUGUAGACAUAUUAGACAAGGAUGAAGGUCCUCCCAUAGUAUUUGCUUUGGCCGCUGGCUCUCCACAAUGUGUCCGUGCACUUAUAAGGAGAUCUUCUAAUGUCAAUUCUACGCUAAGAGAAGGCCUUGGUCCUUCUCUUGCCCAUAUCUGUGCUCAUCAUGGUCAGCCUGAAUGCAUGGAAGAAUUGCUCAUGGCCGGAGCUGAUCCUAAUGCCGUAGAUGGAGACAGUGAAUCCAUUCUGCAUAUUGCUGUAGCCAAGAGAUAUACCGAUUGUGCUAUUGUCAUAUUGGAAAAUGGAGGUUGCAGUUCUAUGAGCAUACCAAAUUCUCAGAAUAAAACGCCAUUGCAUUUAUGUAUAGAGACAUGGAAUGCCACUUUGGUGAAAAGAUGGGUCGAAGUUGCAUCAGAAGAGGAGAUACUUGAAGCAAUUGAUGUACCUAGCCCUGUCGGAACAGCUUUGUGCAUGGCAGCUGCUCUUAAAAAGGAGCAUGAGAAAGAGGGCCGAGAGUUGGUAAGAAUAUUGCUUGCUGCCGGUGCUGAUCCUACAGCACAAGAUGCCCCACACUGUCGAACUGCACUGCAUACCGCAGCAAUGAUCAACGAUGCAGAAUUGGUAAAGAUUAUUUUGGAAGCUGGAGUUGAUGUAAACAUAAGAAAUGCUCAAAACACAACACCACUUCAUGUUGCACUGAACAGAGGUGCAAACUCAUGUGUUGGCUUGCUUUUAGCUGCUGGGGCAAACUGUAAUCUACAGGAUGAUGACGGUGAUAACUCGUUUCACAUAGCUGCUGAUGCAUCCAAAAUGAUACGUGAAAACCUGACUUGGGUUGUUCAAAUGCUACAACAUCCAUCACCUGCUGUUGAUGUGAGAAACCACAGAGGCUGGACAUUGCGAGAUUUUCUGGAGAGGCUCCCACGAGAAUGGAUUUCUGAAGAGUUGAUGGAAACACUUGAAGAUAAAGGAGUUCAUCUCUCCCCAACCAUAUAUGAGGUUGCGGAUUGGGUAAAAUUUAGAAGAACGGUUACUUCUCCAGAUUUUGGCUGGCAAGGUGCUGGACCCAGAAGCAUUGGCUUUGUCCAGUCUAUUGUAGACAAUGACCACCUUAUUGUAUCAUUUUGUACCGGAGAAGCCCGUGUUUUGACAAGUGAAGUUAUAAAAGUUAUUCCAUUAAAUAGGGGCCAGCAUGUCCAGCUCAAACCUGAUAUUUUGGAGCCAAGAUUUGCAUUGCGUGGCCAGUCACGAGAUACCAUAGGCACAGUUCUCUGUGUUGAUGAUGAUGGAAUCUUGAGAGUUGGUUUUCCAGGAGCUUCUAGGGGAUGGAGGGCUGAUCCUGCUGAAAUCGAAAGGGUUGAGGAAUAUAAGGUUGGGAACUGGGUUCGGAUUCGUCCCUCACUAACUGUUGCUGUACAUGGCAUGGAAUCUAUUACUCCUGGAAGCGUUGGUGUUGUGUACUCCAUCAGACCAGACAGCAGCCUUCUAUUAGGCCUCUGCUAUCUGCCCAAUCCAUGGCUUUGUGAGCCAGAAGAGGUCGAACAUGUAGACGCCUUCAAGAUUGGCCAUCAAGUUUGCGUAAAGAGGUCUGUCGCAGAGCCCAGAUAUGGCUGGGGUGGUGAAACUCAUCACAGCGUGGGAAAAAUAAUCGAUAUCGAGAGUGAUGGUCUGCUUAUAAUUGAUAUCCCUAAUCGAUCUGGACCUUGGCAGGCGGAUCCAUCAGACAUGGAAAAGAUUGAUGAUUUUAAGAUUGGUGAUUGGGUUAGAGUCAAACAAACAGUUCCAUCCCCAAAAUAUGGAUGGGAGGAUGUGACUCGUAACAGUAUCGGGAUAGUUCAUAGUCUAGAAGAAGAUGGUGAUAUGGGUGUUGCUUUCUGCUUCAGAAGCAAGCUUUUUCUUUGUUCGGUUGCAGACGUAGAGAAGGCGCAGCAAUUUGAAGUUGGUGAAAAGGUUCAUGUGUUACCUUCCAUAUCUCAGCCACGCCUUGGAUGGUCAGAUGAAACUGCAGCAACCAUUGGUGCCAUAUCAAGGAUAGACAUGGAUGGAACUCUAAAUGUCAAGGUUUCCGGCAGAAAAAGCUUGUGGAAGGUCGCUCCAGGUGAUGCUGAGAGGCUCUCAGCUUUUGAGGUUGGAGACUGGGUGCGUGUGAAGCCAAGUAUUGGCAGUAGACCUACUUAUGAUUGGAACAGUGCUGGGAAAAUAAGCAUAGCAGUCGUCCAUAGCAUUCAGGACUCUGGUUACUUGGAGUUGGCAGGCUGUAUGAGGAAAGGGAAAUGGUUAACUCAUAACACAGAAAUUGAGAAAGUACAGCCCUUUAAGAUUGGUCUUCAUGUUCGGUUCCGUGCUGGAAUUUCAGAGCCCAGAUGGGGAUGGAGAGAUGCAAAGCCUGAUUCUAGAGGCAUAAUUGCAGGUGUCCAUGCCGAUGGAGAACUAAGGGUGGCCUUGUUUGGUGUGCCUGGGUUGUGGAGAGGUGAUCCUGCAGAUCUUGUGAUUGAGCAAGUCUUUGAGGUUGGAGAGUGGGUUAGGCUGAAGAGUGAUGCGGAUGACUGGAACUCACUCAAACCAGGUAGCAUUGGGGUGGUGCAUGGGAUUGGAUAUAAAGAUGAUGUUUGGGACGGCACCAUUCAUGUGGCAUUUUGCGGUGAGCAGGAAAGGUGGAUAGGGUUUUCUAGGCAACUUGAAGGAGUCAGCAGGUUUGUCGUUGGGCAACGUGUGCGGAUCAAAUGUUGCAUCCGUCAGCCAAGAUUUGGUUGGUCUAAUCAUAAUCAUUCGAGUAUAGGGACCAUCUCAUCUAUUGAUGCUGAUGGGAAGCUAAGGAUUCACACACCAGCUGGUGCCAGGGCUUGGUUAAUAGACCCAGCAGAGGUGGAGAAAGUGGAGGAAGAGGAGGAAGUCUGCAUCGGAGACUGGGUAAAGGUUAAGGAUUCGGUUGCAACCCCCACAUACCAAUGGGGCGAUGUGAACCAUAGCAGCAUCGGGGUGGUCCACAGGGCUGGGGAUGGGGAGCUCUGGGUUUCCUUCUGUUUCUGUGAGAGACUAUGGUUAUGCAAAAUUUGGGAGGUGGAGAAGGUUAGGCCCUUCCGGCAAGGUGACAGAGUACGGAUUCGACCUGGUCUUGUAACCCCGAGGUGGGGAUGGGGAAUGGAGACAUACGCGAGUAAAGGCGAGGUUACAGGUGUGGAUGCAAAUGGGAAGCUGAGGAUCAAGUUUCGGUGGAGGGAUAGACCUUGGGUCGGGGACCCUGCUGAUAUCGUUCUUGAUGAUACCCCAUCACCGACGGAAACUUCUAAUGGUUUUUGUUCAUAGUCUUGGGUAUUCUUUUGACCCCAUAUACCUGAUUCUUGCCCCCUUCCAUUGUGCAGUAUUUCAUACUUAGUUAAUCAGCAGUGGAGGUUGCAAGUUGCACAUAGGUAUCACCAGAUAGGCAUGGCGGGCUGUGUUUUGCGUGUUGAUAGGCAGGAGGGAAAGAAGAAAAGAGGCUGUAAACCUUGAGAAAUAGACAUGACAAUCACCACCUAGGUUCUUACAUGUGUAAUUAUGCGGCUGACUGUUUUUUUCUCCUCUUUCGGUGUAUCAUAUAGCAGUGUACAGGUUCGGACCUGAACAUUAAUUUAAUUGAUAGUGCCCCUGUA